AUGACGAGCCUCAAGUAUACCUGGCUCUCUGAAGCGGAUCCUGUUUGGAUCCCUUUGAAGCAAGCAUGCGACGAACAAUUUGACGCGUUCUACGCUCUACCGAUAGAAAAACAGCACGAAACUUGGGUGGAUUAUCCCCAUCUUGUCCCGGAGGGUACGCCAAUGGACUUGGAAAUAUCCUUUGAACGGGUCCCGGUGAGAGAUGGAGCGAAAGUGGGGAUCAAGAUCUACCGGAACACGGAAAAGCUGAAGGCGACGGGCAAAGUCAAAGCACCCCUCGUCCUAGUAGCUCAUGGAGGCGGUUGGGUUCUUGGGAACCAUGACGUCGAGGAAGGCGUUUGUCGUUGGAUCGCAAAGGAGACCUGCGCAGUCGUUGUAGAUGUCGAUUACAGACUAGCUCCCGCAUAUCGAUUCCCGUACGCAAUCAACGACUUCUACGAUGUGUUUAAAUGGUGCAAGGACAAUGCAACAACUCUCGGAAUCGAUCCUUCGCUUAUUGUGUCUAAUGGCAGCUCUGCUGGAGCCAACCUGGCUGCUGUUCUUCCUAUAAUGGCAAAAGAUCAUAAUGAGGAAGGGAUCGUUGGCCAGGUACUGAAUGGCCCAGUUGUGUGUCAUCCGAAAUUCUUUCCCAAGGAUAAAUACGAAUACACAAGUUGGGAACAGAACAAAAACGCCUCUAUUCUUGGUAAAGACCAUAUGCUACGAUGCUGGGAAACCUACUAUCCUAAUACGGGCCCUGAUGUCUACGCAAACCCAUUCUUGGUUGAAACAAUGGAAGGUCUGCCACCUGCUUUAAUACAGAUAACUGGUAUGGACCCUCUUAGAGACGAGGCAUUUGCCUACGCAGACAGAUUGAAGGAAGCUGGCGGACUAGAGUGUGUGUUCCGGAACGAUGAUGAGCGAAGGAGGCCUAGAUCUCGGGUUUUCGUGAAUUCUUUGCUCGAGCACAUUGAACUUCUAGAAAGUCGUUUAAAGGAGGUAGACGGCGAAUUACCACAGCAACCACAACAACCUGAUACCCAGGAGCAAAUGCAGCAAACGCAAGAGGGGGAGGGUGUUGCUCGACCCCCCUCAAGAUCUUGGGCUGAUCACGGUGUCAGUGACCGCUUCGACCUAUCGCACCUUGAAUCCGAGGAUGGUGGCCUCCAGCAGGAUCCGGCAUUAUCUAGUCUAAGUGACAUCGAACGGCAGGAUCAGACUCCUACGUCAAAUGCAACGUCUGGGGACGAUGGGCUUUUUCUUCAUUCGGACCGUAUUCAUCCGGGGCGACCUCUUCAAACCCGCGAGAAUCUUGUAUGUUCAUUUCUAUUCGACUCGGCACAGCUGAAAUACGACGGCACUACUGGGCAACUGCGAUAUUUUACUCCCCUUGUAGGAUAUCAACUCUACGCAGACCAGCUUGCGGACUCUCAAAGAAAUUCUGCAGGAUCAUGGCAUUUACAGAGGCGACUACACCAUAUGAUCAAGGAUCUGAAUCCAGAGGUUUACGAUCACCUAAUGACCUGUUUUUGGACGCACUACAAUAAUGCCUUGCAGAUUGUUGACCAAGAAACGUUCCAACAGGACAUAGAUGGGGACAAGCUUCAUUAUUCCAGAUUUCUACACGUGUGUUGCCUAGCAAUGAGCUUCAGAUAUGCUGAUAGGUCUAGAACUGAUAUCAAAGCACUCGACAGGGGAAACAGGCACAGUACUUUCCACGAAAGUGCGCGAUAUAUGGUGGAGACCGAGUUGGAAAAUCCCCGAGGCUUGACCACAGUGCAAGGGCUUCUCAUUUUGAGCGACUUAGAGUGCGCUGUCGGCAGAGAUCGAUCAGGUUGGAUGUAUGCUGGUGUCGCCUGUCGAUUCGCGUUUGACAUGGGUUUGACGAUAGACCACUCUAAGUCAACCUUGCCUCAGCGAGAGAUUCGAUCUCGACAGCGUCUCUUGCGAGCCUGCGUUUUCUACGACAGAAUUUGGGCCAUAUUUUCUGGACACCCUACUGUGAUCAAGCGAUCUGACCUGUCUUUGGUCGAAUUCAGUCCUGCAUAUUCUACAUUGAUAGGCUCCAUCUCCGAAUCUUCGACACGGCUAGCCGAAAGCCCAACAGAAACAGAAGCCUGGGAAGCUCUCUUGGGUGUGAUGGAAUUGGCCAUCAAAGUGUCCAAUUACGCCAGCGAUGCAGUCCCAACAGCAGGAUCUGACGACGGCACCACCAAGUUCAUGGAAGCUGCGGCUCUGCAUGGCGAGCUUGAAUCAUGGCAGAGGAAGCUCCCGCAUCAACUGAGAUGGAACUCGGAAAACGUGCAGAAUUUACCUGCCAUAUUCUUUUUCAUACCGUAA